UGUCUGAAGAAGUCUUUUGCGUCACUUUUGUCUGGCUGUUGUUUCUCGUUGUUGUGUCUGACCACCAUUUCACUUCUCUCAUGGCUUCCUGGACCCUUCUCACCCCUCUGCUUCUCCUCCUCUCUUCUCUCGCAUCUGCUCUAUACUCGGAUCUCUUCGAAUCCUGGUGCCGGGAGUUCAACAGGAGCUACGCAUCUGAGGAGGAGAAGCUCGCGAGGUUCAAGGUCUUUGAGGACAACCUCGCCUUCGUGAAUCGCCACAAUUCGGCCGGAAAUUCUACCUAUGAGCUUGGCCUCAAUGCCUUCUCGGAUCUCGCGCACCAUGAAUUCCGGGCGGCCCGAUUCGGGCUCAGUUUCGGGCUCUUGGAGCCGUCCGGUGAUCGGAUCAUAUUCCGGGGAUCGGCCGGUGGUGUUCCGGAUUCGGUUGAUUGGAGGAAGAGUGGGGCUGUCACUGCUGUCAAGGAUCAGGGUAGUUGUGGUGCUUGUUGGGCCUUCUCAGCCACUGGUGCGAUUGAAGGGAUUAACAAGAUUGUCACAGGAUCUCUUGUCAGCCUUUCUGAACAGGAGUUAUGUGAUUGUGACAGAACUUAUAACAGUGGUUGUGGUGGUGGGCUUAUGGACUACGCUUUUAAGUGGGUUAUUCAGAAUCAUGGAAUUGAUUCUGAAGAUGACUACCCAUUUAAAGGAGCGGAAAGGACUUGUCUUAAGAACAAGCUGAAUCGCCGAGUUGUUUCAAUUGAUGGCUAUACUGAUGUGCCUGCAAAUAAUGAAGAUUUACUACUCCAGGCUGUUGCAAAACAACCUGUGAGUGUUGGAAUAUGUGGUAGCGAAAGAGCAUUCCAGUCAUAUGCAAAGGGUAUUUUUAAUGGUCCAUGUUCUACUAAUCUGGAUCAUGCUGUACUGAUCGUGGGAUAUGGUUCACAAAAUGGAGAGGACUACUGGAUUGUGAAGAACUCAUGGGGAACAAGCUGGGGGAUGGAUGGUUAUAUGCAUAUGCAACGUAAUAGUGGGAGUUCACAAGGAGUAUGCGGCAUAAAUAUGCUAGCUUCCUUCCCAACCAAGACAAGUCCAAAUCCUCCUCCUUCACCUGGACCAAGUCCGACAAAAUGCAGUUUGCUGACUUAUUGCCCUGCUGGAAACACCUGCUGUUGCACUUGGCGCAUUUUAGGGCUGUGCCUUUCAUGGAGUUGUUGUGAGCUGGAUUCUGCUGUUUGCUGCAAAGAUCAUCGUUACUGUUGUCCAUCUGACUACCCUGUCUGCGAUGACAAGAGUAAGCAAUGCUUUAAGGGGAGUAGGAAUUCCACGGGAGUUAAUGGAUUUAAGAGAAAAUCCUCUUUCAUGAACUUCAAUGGUUUGAAGCCCUUCUUGGAAGCUUUGGCUGCAUAAAACUCAGAGAUGACGGUUUCCAAUCCCUAAUCACUGGUGGGUGACUUGUUUUCCACUAGUCCGCCGAAUCACCAAUAUUCAGAAAUUGGAGUAACUCUUACAAAAUGUUUAGAGUUCGUGUGCCAUAUCAUAUUUGUAGCUGUAACCAUUGUUUAAUAGAAUACAUUUCUUAGGUUGUUGGUUUGUACUAGUGUGUGGGACUACCUGGUAAACCACUUGAAAUCACACAAAUUUGUCUGAGAACUUAAACCACUUGAAAUACACAAAUUUGACUAAGAACUUAAAUUA